CCGGGGCUGCUGAGCCUGCGCCCGUGCCCAGAGCCGGGGCCGAGCCGCGUCCGCGCCCAUCGCCGCCGCCCGGUGCGGGCCAAGCGGGGGACCCCAGCUUCCCCCCCAGGCACUGAGGACAGCCUGUGCCCCAGAAGCAGGAUGAGAAGAUGGCAAACUUCCUGUUACCUCGGGGCACCAGCAGCUUCCGCAGGUUCACAAGAGAGUCCCUGGCGGCCAUCGAGAAGCGCAUGGCUGAGAAACAAGCCCAAGGCUCGGCCACCUCACAGGAGACCCAUGAGGGGCUACCCGAAGAGGAGGCUCCCCAGCCCCAGCUGGACCUGCAGGCCUCCAAAAAGCUACCAGAUCUCUAUGGCAACCCACCCCGAGAGCUUAUUGGGGAGCCCCUGGAGGACCUGGACCCCUUCUACAGCACCCAAAAGACCUUCAUCGUACUGAAUAAGGGCAAGACCAUCUUCCGUUUCAGUGCCACCAAAGCCUUGUACAUCCUCAGUCCCUUCCACCCUGUCCGAAGAGCAGCUGUGAAGAUUCUGGUUCAUUCGCUCUUCAGCAUGCUCAUCAUGUGCACCAUCUUGACCAACUGCGUGUUCAUGGCCCAGCAUGACCCUCCAUCCUGGACCAAAUACGUUGAGUACACCUUUACUGCCAUCUAUACCUUUGAGUCUCUGGUCAAGAUUCUGGCUCGAGGCUUCUGCCUGCAUGCAUUUACCUUCCUCCGGGACCCAUGGAACUGGCUGGACUUCAGUGUGAUCGUCAUGGCAUACACAACUGAAUUUGUGGACCUGGGCAAUGUCUCAGCCUUACGCACCUUCCGAGUCCUCCGGGCCUUGAAAACUAUAUCAGUCAUUUCAGGCCUGAAGACAAUCGUGGGGGCCCUGAUCCAGUCUGUGAAGAAGCUGGCAGACGUGAUGGUCCUCACCGUCUUCUGCCUCAGUGUCUUCGCUCUCAUUGGCCUGCAGCUCUUCAUGGGCAACCUAAGGCACAAGUGUGUGCGCAACUUCACAGCGCUCAAUGACACCAAUGGCUCUGUGGAGGCCGAAGGCCUGGUCUGGGAGUCACUGGACCUCUACCUCAAUGAUCCAGUUAAUUACCUGCUCAAGAAUGGCACCUCUGACGUGCUACUGUGUGGGAACAGCUCGGAUGCCGGGACAUGUCCCGAGGGCUACCGAUGCCUAAAGGCAGGUGAGAACCCUGACCAUGGCUACACCAGCUUCGACUCCUUCGCCUGGGCCUUCCUCGCACUCUUCCGCCUGAUGACACAGGACUGCUGGGAACGCCUCUACCAGCAGACCCUGAGGUCCGCAGGGAAGAUCUACAUGAUAUUUUUCAUGCUUGUCAUCUUUCUGGGCUCCUUCUACCUGGUGAACCUGAUCCUGGCUGUGGUCGCCAUGGCCUACGAGGAACAAAACCAAGCCACUAUUGCAGAGACCGAGGAGAAGGAAAAGCGCUUCCAGGAGGCCAUGGAGAUGCUCAAGAAAGAGCAUGAGGCCCUCACCAUCAGGGGUGUGGAUACUGUGUCCCGUAGCUCCUUGGAGAUGUCCCCUCUGGCCCCAGUAACCAACCACGAGAGAAGAAGCAAGAGGAGAAAACGAAUGUCUUCAGGAACAGAAGAGUGUGGAGAUGAACGGUUUCCCAAGUCUGACUCAGAAGAUGGUCCCAGAGCAAUGAAUCACCUCAGCCUCAGCAGGACUUCAGUGAAGCCUCGCUCCAGCCGAGGGAGCAUUUUCACCUUUCGCCGUCGAGACCUGGGGUCCGAGACCGACUUUGCAGAUGAUGAGAACAGCACAGCAGGGGACAGUGAGAGCCACCGCACAUCACUGCUGGUGCCCUGGCCCCUGCGCCGGCCCAGUGCCCAGGGGCAGCCCAGUCCCGGGGCCUCUGCUCCAAGCCAUGUCCUCAACGGCAAAAGAAACAGCACCGUGGACUGCAAUGGGGUGGUCUCCUUGCUGGGGGCAGGUGACACUGAGGCCAUGUCCCCAGGGAGCCGCCUCCUCCGCCCCAUGAUGCUGGAGCGACCCCCAGACACGACCACACCUUCGGAGGAGCUAGGUGGGGCCCAGAUGCUGACGCCCCAGGCUCCGUGUGCAGAUGGCUUCGAGGAGCCAGGAGCACGGCAGCGGGCACUCAGUGCAGUCAGCGUCCUCACCAGUGCCCUGGAAGAGUUGGAGGAGUCUCACCGCAAGUGUCCCCCAUGCUGGAACCGCUUUGCCGAGCGCUACUUGAUCUGGGAGUGCUGUCCGCUGUGGAUGUCCAUCAAGCAGAAAGUGAAGUUCGUGGUCAUGGACCCAUUUGCCGACCUCACCAUCACCAUGUGCAUUGUACUCAACACCCUCUUCAUGGCGCUGGAGCACUACAACAUGACAACCGAAUUUGAGGAGAUGCUGCAGGUUGGAAACUUGGUCUUCACAGGGAUCUUCACAGCAGAAAUGACCUUCAAGAUCAUUGCCCUCGACCCCUACUACUACUUCCAGCAGGGCUGGAACAUCUUCGACAGCAUCAUCGUCAUUCUUAGUCUCAUGGAGCUGGGCCUGUCCCGUAUGGGCAACCUGUCGGUGCUGCGCUCCUUCCGCCUGCUACGGGUCUUCAAGUUGGCCAAAUCAUGGCCCACCCUGAACACACUCAUCAAGAUCAUCGGGAACUCAGUGGGAGCGCUGGGGAACCUGACGCUGGUGCUGGCCAUCAUUGUGUUCAUCUUUGCUGUGGUGGGCAUGCAGCUCUUUGGCAAGAACUACUCAGAGCUGAGGCAUCGCAUCAGUGACUCAGGCCUGCUGCCACGCUGGCACAUGAUGGACUUCUUCCAUGCUUUCCUCAUCAUCUUCCGCAUACUCUGUGGAGAAUGGAUCGAGACCAUGUGGGACUGCAUGGAGGUGUCUGGGCAGUCAUUGUGCCUGCUGGUCUUCUUGCUUGUCAUGGUCAUUGGCAACCUUGUGGUCCUGAACCUCUUCCUGGCCUUGCUGCUCAGCUCCUUCAGUGCAGACAACCUCACAGCCCCCGAUGAGGAUGGAGAGAUGAACAACCUACAGCUGGCCUUGGCCCGCAUCCAGCGGGGCCUGCGCUUCAUCAAACGGACCACUUGGGACUUCUGCUGUGGGCUCCUGCGGCGGCGGCCUAAGAAGCCUGCGGCCCUGGCUCCCCGCAGUCAGCUGCCCAACUGCAUGGCCAGCCCCAGCUCCCCACCACCCCCAGAAGUGGAGAAGGCACCCCCAGCCCGCAAGGAAACACGGUUUGAAGAGGGCAAGUGUCCUGGCCAGGGCGCCCCCGGGGAGCCAGAGCCUGUGUGCGUGCCCAUCGCCGUGGCCGAGUCAGACACGGACGACCAGGAGGAGGAUGAUGAAAACAGUCUGGCCACCGAGGAAGAAUCCAGCAAGCAGGAAUCCCAGCCUGUGUCUGAUGGCCCAGAACCCCCCCAGGAGCCCAGGGCCUGGAGCCAGGGGUCAGAGACCACCUCCUGGGAGGCUGAGGCCAGGGCGUCUCAAGCAGACUGGCGGCAGCAGCGGAAAGCAGAGCCCCAGGCCCCAGGGUGCAGUGAGACCCACGAGGACAGUUACUCUGAAGGUAGCACAGCAGACAUGACCAACACUGCUGACCUCCUGGAGCAGAUCCCCGACCUCGGCGAGGACGUCAAGGAUCCAGAGGACUGCUUCACUGAAGGCUGCAUCCGGCGCUGUCCUUGCUGUGCAGUGGACACCACACAGUCCCCAGGGAAGGUCUGGUGGAGACUACGUAAGACCUGCUAUCGAAUUGUAGAGCACAGCUGGUUCGAGACGUUCAUCAUUUUCAUGAUCCUGCUCAGCAGUGGAGCACUGGCCUUUGAGGACAUUUACCUGGAGGAGCGGAAGACCAUCAAGGUUCUGCUGGAGUACGCAGACAAGAUGUUCACCUACGUCUUCGUGCUGGAGAUGCUGCUCAAGUGGGUGGCCUAUGGCUUCAAGAAGUACUUCACCAAUGCCUGGUGCUGGCUGGACUUCCUCAUCGUGGACGUCUCGCUGGUCAGCCUGGUGGCCAACACUCUGGGCUUUUCUGAGAUGGGCCCCAUCAAGUCGCUGCGGACGCUACGUGCCCUCCGACCCCUGAGAGCCCUGUCACGAUUUGAGGGCAUGAGGGUGGUGGUCAAUGCCCUGGUGGGUGCCAUCCCAUCCAUCAUGAACGUCCUCCUCGUCUGCCUCAUCUUCUGGCUCAUCUUCAGCAUCAUGGGUGUGAACCUCUUUGCGGGGAAGUUUGGGAGGUGCAUCAACCAGACUGAGGGAGACCUGCCUUUGAACUACACCAUUGUGAACAACAAGAGCGAGUGCGAGUCCUUCAAUAUGACUGGAGAGUUGUACUGGACCAAGGCAACAUUUAAAGGCUGGAUGGACAUCAUGUAUGCUGCCGUGGACUCAAGAGGGUACGAAGAGCAGCCCCAGUGGGAGUACAACCUCUACAUGUACAUCUACUUUGUCGUUUUCAUCAUCUUCGGGUCCUUCUUCACCCUGAACCUUUUCAUUGGUGUCAUCAUUGAUAACUUCAACCAACAGAAGAAAAAGUUAGGGGGCCAGGAUAUCUUCAUGACAGAGGAGCAGAAGAAGUACUACAACGCCAUGAAGAAGCUGGGCUCCAAGAAGCCCCAGAAGCCCAUCCCUCGGCCCCUGAACAAGUACCAGGGCUUCAUAUUUGAUAUUGUGACCAAGCAAGCCUUUGAUGUCACCAUUAUGUUUCUUAUCUGCUUGAAUAUGGUGACCAUGAUGGUAGAGACUGAUGACCAAAGCCCUGAAAAAGUGAACAUCUUGUCCAAGAUCAACUUGCUCUUCGUGGCCAUCUUCACAGGCGAGUGUAUUGUCAAGAUGACUGCCCUGCGCCACUAUUACUUCACCAACAGCUGGAACAUCUUUGACUUCGUGGUUGUCAUCCUCUCCAUCGUGGGCACGGUGCUCUCUGACAUCAUUCAGAAGUACUUCUUCUCCCCGACGCUCUUCCGAGUCAUCCGCCUGGCCCGAAUUGGCCGCAUCCUCCGACUGAUCCGAGGGGCCAAGGGGAUCCGCACGCUGCUCUUUGCCCUCAUGAUGUCCCUGCCCGCCCUCUUCAACAUUGGGCUGCUGCUCUUCCUUGUCAUGUUCAUCUACUCCAUCUUUGGCAUGGCUAACUUUGCUUAUGUCAAGUGGGAGGCUGGCAUCGACGACAUGUUCAACUUCCAGACCUUCGCCAACAGCAUGCUGUGCCUCUUCCAGAUCACCACAUCGGCUGGCUGGGAUGGCCUCCUCAGCCCCAUCCUCAACACGGGGCCCCCCUACUGCGACCCUAAUCUGCCCAACAGCAAUGGCUCCCGGGGCAACUGUGGGAGCCCAGCCGUGGGCAUCCUCUUCUUCACCACCUACAUCAUCAUCUCCUUCCUCAUCGUGGUCAACAUGUAUAUCGCCAUCAUCCUGGAAAACUUCAGUGUGGCCACAGAGGAGAGCACUGAGCCCCUGAGUGAGGAUGACUUUGACAUGUUCUAUGAAAUCUGGGAGAAGUUUGACCCAGAAGCAACCCAGUUCAUCGAGUACUCAGCUCUGUCCGACUUUGCCGAUGCCCUGUCUGAGCCACUUCGUAUCGCCAAGCCCAACCAGAUCAGCCUCAUCAAUAUGGACCUGCCUAUGGUGAGUGGGGACCGCAUCCACUGCAUGGACAUCCUCUUUGCCUUCACCAAGAGGGUCCUGGGAGAGUCUGGGGAGAUGGAUGCCCUAAAGAUCCAGAUGGAGGAGAAGUUCAUGGCCGCCAACCCAUCCAAGAUCUCCUAUGAGCCCAUCACCACCACGCUCCGGCGCAAGCAUGAGGAGGUGUCGGCCACAGUCAUCCAGCGGGCCUUCCGGAGGCACCUGCUGCAGCGCUCUGUGAAACAUGCCUCCUUCCUCUUCCGCCAGCAGGUGGGCAGUGGUGGCCUCUCGGAAGAGGAUGCCCCCGAGCGAGAGGGCCUCAUUGCCUACAUGUUGAAUGAGAACUUCUCCCGGCAGGACAGACCACCCUCCAGCUCCUCCAUUUCCUCCACAUCCUUCCCACCCUCCUAUGACAGUGUCACCAGGGCCACUAGCGAUAACCUCCAGGUGAGGGUGUCUGACUAUAGCCACAGUGAGGAUCUCGCGGACUUUCCCCCAUCCCCGGACAGGGACCGAGAGUCGAUAGUGUGAGCCCAGCCCCACCAGCCAAGACACACGCUCUUGCACCAUGGCAAACCUGAAUGCAGUCAAAACCAGCAUGCUGGGGCCUUCCUGGCCUUGAGCUUCAAGAGAGAGAGAUGGCCUUGGCCAGUGGCUCCACACGGCAGAGAUCUGUGGUGUUGUGUCAUCAGACAGAAACAGGAGGAGCCCACUAUUCUGGAGGCUGUCCCUGGAGCCCUGCACAAAUCAGGGGCCUGGCCUAGUCAGGUGGCACCCUGGGCUCUGCAAAGCACUCAUCAUCGCAGCUGUUGAAGUGAAACAUAAAACAGACUGUACAUGUUGUGAAUGGGCUUUCGUAAAUUUACUAUAUUUGAUAUUUUUUUACUUGAGCAAAGGACUAAUGUUUUUUCCAUGGAUGUUGGCAGCAAUUCGUGCUGCAUCUUCUUAAUCCAGAACAGGAAUGUCUAGGGAGCUGCCAGACUCUGUCCUGCAAGAGUGGAAUGCAGUAUGGCUCCCAUAGGCCUUCCCCACCCGAAGGAGGGACAGGUCCUCUGCUGCUUGGGCUGAGGGGGCUGAGGCUCUUCAUUCACACACACAUGCACACACUCCUUCCACACAUGAGGGCAGACCCAGGCCACAGAGGCCCGGGCACCCCUCGAGCAGUGUCAGACAGCCACCUCUGUCCCAACCUCCUGAGUCCAUGGAUGGAGUUUCUGUCAUUGGAGCUCAUUCUGACCUUCCAUUGCCCCCGGGGUCCUGUUUUUCCCCUGUGUUUUUAUGCAGGCCACAUUGGUCAGUCCUACGAAAAUAAAAAGCUUCCAGAAGACUUGCCUGGGCCCCAGGACUGGUCCUGGGCACGGAUGUUGGCCUUUCUUCCCUCCUGUAAGAGUAUUAACACUAAAACCCAUGGGAAUGAGGGUACCAGCCCAACUCACAGCCGGGCUUACAGCUUGUCCUUGCUCUUAGAACCCGGCAGGCCCCGCCUGACAGGCCAGGGAUGAGAAGGCUGAGCCAUGAGGUUGAGGCUCAGUUUACCCACUUGCAGCUGUGUUGGCCUCCAGGCCCACGUGAAAGAAGCCACUGCUGUCUGCCAGCCUCUCCCUAGGACUCUGGCCUUGUGGGGAGGGAAUCCCGCCUGGACCCCAGCUUUUCUCCAGAUGCAGCAUCGUGAAGUGGGGAGGGUAGCUUGGGUUCAUCGGAAAUGACUCCCAGGAUGGCCAGGCCUGGCUCUUGUCCCUGGGGGUGGACAAAACCAUGAGCCCCUCUGGGAAAGGAGGCCAGAGCCUGGUGUACCCACAUGCAGGACUUCCUUGGGACAGGAUUGGGGAUGUCCCAUAGGUCUUAUAAGAAGGCUUUUUCAGGGAAAAACACCUUACUAGUCCAAUUACCCCCAGGACCUCUAUAGCUGCUGACAAUCCUAUUUAGCAUAUGCAAAUCUUUUAAAGUAAAGCACUGUUGCCUGAGGUGACAGGGUUGCUGGUGGAGCCUGAGCAGGCAAGAGCCCCACUGGCAGUUAGCUCCUCAGCAGAGCCGCCUCCUGCUGGGGCGACCACCUCACAGGCCACCUCAGUCUCACCCGCCUGCUCUAGGCUGGCUCUCCUCACCUACCUCGCCACGCUGUCGGAGGGCUAGAUGAUCACGAUGCUCAUGGCAGUGCUGAAGGGGGCGUUGCCGGCGCGUAAAGUAUUAUGUUUCUUGUCACCCUAGUUCCCUCGGUGGCAACCCCAGCCCCACCCCCACCCCUAGAGACUCCUCCCAAGUACCCUUUGAGUCCAUAGUGGGACUUGGUUUUAACUGUCCCAGUGACACUUUUCCGAGUGGAAAUCUUAUUUUUGUAGACCUGUGCUUUGCUCUCAAGGAUUGGAGAAGUGUGUCCCUCACCCCCCUGUCCACAGGAAUGUAGCCAGGCUCCCUGCCCGCCAGCCGGAAGGAGACUGUGGUCUGUGUGUGGACAGCCCUGGAGCCUGGAGACAGGUGCUGGUGCUGGCUGCAGGUGGCGCUGAGGGCAGGGCCAAGCUGGCUCCUAAGGUCAAUAUGGCUCUCCUUUUUUUCCAGAACUGCACAGUGACCAGCAGGAGGGGAGAAUAAGGAGGAAGAGGGGGAGGGACAUGCCUCAAGUGCCAGAUGUUGUUGAACCAAUUGAGCACUUCUCACCAAACUUCGUGUAUAAAUAAAAUACAUAUUUUUAAAAACAAACCAAUAAAUGGCUUACAUG